AAAUGAGCAUUUUAAGACGUGGUUCGUGCAAACAAGCCCGUGUCUGCGAUACGCAGAGACACAACGUCAAAACUUUUCGUUUUCGUGUUUGUUGAAGGCGUGUCUCUUUCCAGACGGUCCCUGGGCGGUGGGCGCUCCCCGAGUGCGCUGGUGCUGAUGCAGACAGACAGAAGCAUCCAACCGGACGUACACCACAGGACGUGUCUGAAAGUUAUGCUUUGACGUUCGAAGGGCUUCCUGAGACUCGUGCCACUGGCAUGGCGGUGCGCUCUGACCUGUGGGGUACGGCUCAGCCGGUGCUUGAGUCCUGGCCCGCAGGCGCUGGCAGUCCUGUGGAGGAGCUGGAUGUGAGGAGUUUCCUGGGCUCACUGAUGGAGGAGAACAGCACAGCGGAGAGAUGUUAUCGCUCUCACUCCCGCAGCAGCGUCCUGCAGGGCCUGCCUUUCGGAGGAGUCCCCACCGUCCUCGCCAUCAACGUCGUUGUGUGGCUGUUCCUGCUUCUGAUCUUCUCCUGUUUGAGGAAGGCAGCGUGGGACUAUGGCCGCCUGGCUCUGCUUAUGGAAAAUGACAGCUUGACAUCACUAUUCUAUGGAGAACAAAGUGAGAAAGAGAAAACCCCGUCAGAAUCCAGCCCAUCAGACUCAGAGACCAAGGACAUGGGCUUCUGUUCCUGGCUCACAUCUCUGUACCACAUGAAGGAUGAGGAGAUCCGCAGUAAAUGUGGCAUUGAUGCGAUCACUUACCUGUCUUUCCAGCGUCACAUCAUCCUGCUCAUGAUGGUGGUGUGUUUGCUGUCGCUCACAAUCAUCUUGCCUGUCAACCUCUCUGGAAACCUCCUCGGAGAUAGCCCACAGAAUUUCGGCCGAACAACAGUGGUUAAUGUCCCCGCACAGAAUAUAUUUCUGUGGCUGCACAGCAUCUUUGCUCUGCUGUAUUUUGUGAUCACAGUACUGUGCAUGGCCCAUCAUUCCUCACGACUGGAAUACAGAGAGGAUGAGAAGGUGGCCAGAACUCUAAUGAUAACUUCAAUUCCCAGAGAAAUCUCAGAUCCCGGCCUGAUCGCCAAACACCUGCAUGAAGCCUACCCUAGCUGCACAGUAACUGAUAUCCGGUUCUGCUUUGACGUACAAAAACUAAUGAGGCUGGACUCAGAAAGGCGAAAAGCAAUGAAAGGAAGGCUGUACUUCACAACCAAAGCUCAGAAGGAAGGCAGGAUCAUGAUAAAGAAUCACCCUUGUGCACAGAUCUUCUGCUGUGAUUUAUGUGGCUUUGAACAGGUGGAUGCAGAGCAGUAUUACAGUGAACUGGAGGAGAAACUGACAGAUGAGUUUAAUGCAGAGAAGAACCGUAUCUUUAUGAAAAGGCUGGGCAUUGCCUUUGUUACCUUCAGAGAUGAGAGAAUGACUGCAGUUAUUGUGAAAGACUACAGCCGUGCUCGCUGCCGCCACAGACCCCAGCAGUCUAGCAUCACCACAGUGGUGCGGUCCCAUCAGUGGGGUGUUUCUUACGCCCCGGCCCCUAAUGACAUCAUCUGGGAAAAUCUGUCAGUGUGCGGUUCUCGCUGGUGGCUCCGCUGCGUCCUGCUCAACAUUCUGCUCUUCCUCUUGCUCUUCUUUCUCACAACGCCUGCUAUCAUCGUAAACACUAUGGACAAGUUCAACGUCACUCGGCCGGUUGACAGCUUAAGGAACCCAGUAAUUAGCCAGUUCUUCCCCACUCUGCUCCUGUGGGCCUUUUCCAUUCUCCUGCCCUUCAUUGUGUACUAUUCAUCUUUCUUUGAGCACCACUGGACCAGGUCCGGUGAGAACCAGGUCACCAUGCAUAAAUGCUUUUUACUGCUUGUCUUCAUGGUAAUCAUUCUACCAUCACUGGGUCUGUCCAGCCUGGAUUUGUUCUUCAGGUGGCUCUUUGACAUCCACUUCCUGGAUGAAACAGAUGUAAAGUUUCAAUGUGUGUUUUUGCCUGAUAAUGGAGCUUUUUUUGUGAACUACGUGAUCACGUCCAGCCUGAUCGGAACGGCUAUGGAGCUUCUGCGUAUUCCUGCUCUUCUGGUGUACUCUCUACGCCUUUGCUUUGCCAAAUCUAAAGCUGAACGCAUACAUGUUAAAAGAAGUCAGGCCUAUGAGUUUCAGUUUGGUCUUGAAUAUGCCUGGACCAUGUGCAUAUUUUCAGUCAGUAUGACCUACAGCAUCACCUGCCCCGUCAUUGUUCCUUUUGGGUUGCUGUACCUUGUACUGAAGCACAUGGUAGAUCGCUAUAAUAUCUACUAUGCCUAUUUACCAACAAAGCUCAGCCAGCGGAUCCAUUCGGCCGCCAUCAGUCAGGUGGUGGUGGCGCCCAUUCUCUGCAUGUUCUGGCUGUUGUUCUUCUCUGUGCUCAGACUGGGUCCAGUGCAGCCCAUCAGUCUGUUCACUUUCAUAACUCUCUUGUGCUGCAUUGCCUUCUCCUGCUUUGGCUUCUGUCUGAAAAAACUACGACCUGACAGAUCAACAAGCUACCAGAUGUCCGAUCAGACGACAGAAGGAGGCUUCACUGAUGUGGAAAGAAGCACCGUUUCCACCACAACAACAGCUAAUCUUUUUAUAGCCUCUGUCUUGCUGGAGCCAGAGCUGGGCCUGACUCCCAUGCCUUCUCCGGCCCACCAGAGCUACGGCACCAUGGGGAACAGCCAGAGUUCAGUGCGUGACGCCGAAGGGGUGGAGGAGAAGGAUCUGGAGGAAACUUUGGAGACUGAACUCAAAGAUGAGCCGGAUCCCAGUUGUCCGAGCCCUCUCAUGGACAGUCCUGUGGGUUUCCAGUGACCAAUCUGCCCCCAGUUCCCACUCCCUAACGCUCAAGCCCCAUGCCUCAUUUUAGCUUGUGGCUGAUAAAGAGGCACUGUGCUGCAAAAUGUUUCCUCUACAACCCCCAUUUACGAGUAAAAGACAACAAAUUGCGGACAUCCAUGCAAACUGCUUCAAAAAGCUUGUUGGGAAUUCACUGAAAUGGUGGUUUUAGUUCUGAGGACUUUGAUGAGCUUUCAAAGAAGUAUCUGAAGUGGAUAAAAGCAAAGAUCUGUCAGAGAACGAGACCAGCUACUUCUCUUGCUCAGACUACACUUUCUACUUUCUUCUGUAUUUUUCUUUUCUCUCUAAUGACGUUAAUGGGUGUCUGGUGGUUUGGUUGACUGAGGCUUGGAACAUUGUAUUUCAACAGAUGUUUUGAUGUACUUUUUUAUGCAUAGUCACAUUGUAUAGCUCCAAAGAGUUGAGACAUCCAAAUCUUAUUUGCUUAUUAUUAAUCCUUUUGCUGUUGUUGCAGUUUGUGCUUAUUAUUGUUAUUUUUAUUCAGUACUUGUAAUUUAGCAAUGGUAUGUAAUUGUGCAACAUUAUGCUUAGAGCACAUUGUUUUCAUGUGAUUACUAUUAUUAGAUUAUUAUUACUGUUAUUAACACCCUCAACCUUUAUUGCAGUGUGCGCCAGAGUCAAUCACUCCCAGGAAUUGUUUGUUUUGCAGUGACAAUAGCAGUUGUGUUGUGCAUACUGCAGUCAAUUGCCACUACAGUAGAUUUCAAAGUCAAUGAGGCACUCGUUCCAUAAUUUGUUUGUUUUUUUCCUUUGCUGUGAAGUUCAGUUAGUUGUUUGGUCUGUGGGAGAGAUUUGAGGACUUUUUCUGACUAAUAUACAGUCUAAUUAAGCAGACUUCACUUAAUGGACUGAGAAAAAAAAAUAUCAGCAAAACAAUCAGUUUGUAGGAAAAAAGACAACAAACAGAGAUGUUAAAGGAAUGAACAAAAAGUCUUAAGCUUUGUUGGCAUAAAUUUAACAGUUUCUACAGUAACGCACUUACAAUAUGGUCUAUGGAGCAUUACAGAAGGAUUAAAGCACGAAAAAUCAUUUAUAUUAAUGCUCCAGGCAAAUAAAUAGCCACAGACUUCUAAAAUUAAACAUGGUCUUUUUUGGCCAACAAAAUAUGUAAUUCCUACAGUAUAUGUUCAGAAUCACUUAAGUCAUUGAGUUCAUAACUUCCUACUUCAGCAUUUAAUACCAGUUAUUAUAAACUAUGAGUUAUAGAAACUGUGAUUUGUUUUAAUAGUUGUAUUUAGUCAAAUUUGUUUAAUUUGUAUUAUACUAUUUGUGCCAUAAAUAUUACUCUGCUUUGUAAAAAUGACUCGCGAUCAACUUGGUAGCGGCUCUGAACAAUUCCUGAUGGAUUCAAAUAGUAAUUCAUGAGCGAACUCGAGGCUGUCACGUGAAUCGAUUCGCAAGAGUCAUUGUUACGAAUCGGACAUCCCGCUCUUUUUUGCGUCACGUGCAUGAAAUAUUAGCACGCAUUCUAAGGAAUGUCUGACAAAAUCACAUUUGAGCGCGAAGUCUUUCACAGCUUGUUGUUACAUUGUUGUUACGCAUUUUUAGUCACCGUCUAGAGCCCUGUAUAUUAAUAUAAACAUGUUUUAUUUCAACUGUAAGUCAUUUUAGGUUUACAUCAUCCAAAAGAUGAAAAAUUAAGAUUUAAAUUUGAUCAGACAAGGUAAGCGGUUUUUCAUGAUGACAUUUUUUUUUUGUGGUUUUAGAAUUGAAACAUCAUGUAUUUUAGCAUCUAUUCUGGUCCAAUUGACUAAGCCCAUUGACUUUUAUUGUAUGUUUAUUACUAUAAAUAUAAAGUUUUGUUUGUUUUUACAAACUAAGGGAUGAGUUGAAGUUGCUGAUGGAGCUUGGUAUUACUAUCAGAACAUUCCUUUAGGAAUCAUCAAAUUCAUGAAAUAUGUUUGUAAAAUAAUUAACAGGAAGUGUUAUGACAAACUGAAAAUGGCACAUUGGCUGAGCCUACACACAAGUCUUCAGUUCCAGAACUGCAUGUUGUUUAACUCAUGCUCAAACAAGCCGCCUGCAGCUGUCUUUAGAUCCGUCAAGUGUUGCUCUGGCUUCUGUAACACUUUAAUUUUCUUAGUAAAUUUUGUAUUCUUGGUCUUUGCUGCUAGUGGUUCUAGGACUGGAAGGGAAGGGGUGGGUGGAGGGUUUUCUUGCCAAACUGAAUGUAAAUGAGUUUGUACCGUGCUCUCUUGCUGUGCCUUGAAGAAACAGAUCUAAAGAAGUAAACAGAAAAAAAAAAAAAAUGUUAUGUCUGACAAUCCAGCAUGACCUGCAAUAUGCUGCAUGGACUACAGAGCAAGAUAAGACAAAGAAGCUAAAUUCUAAGCGCAUUCCACCAAUGAAUCAAGCAGGUGAGAGAUUCCUAAGUUUUAAACUGACUUAGCCUCGAAACAUACUCUGUGCAAGUACGUAAAUAAUUCUAGCUAAGUUGUUGUUUUUGAUUUCUGAAAUGUGUCAGUCCGCUAUUUAUAAAAAUGCUGAAAUCUGCAUUGCAUGUUGUCUUCUACAGUCAUUUUUAUUCUUUCAGGUCAACCACUGUUAUGGCGAAGCAGCAGUUUGAGCAAGUUAAUUGCUAGCACGCUAAACGUAUCCAACAAGGCAAAUGCAUUGAGCAAAUAUUUGCGUCUGCAUACUUGUGGAAAAGUGUUUCUGGCUAUACUGUUCAACAGUAAACAAUUGCUUUUCAAUCGCAUCGAAUUAACACUAAUUAUCAUUAGCUUCAAAGUAUCUAUGAGAUACACAAACUUAUGCAUACACUCUUAUGUCAAUGUCUUCUACCUACCUGAUAAACUGCUCUUGUGAGAUACUUUUUGAUAUUUACUUUUAUUCUGUUUGUAUUCGCAAGCUGUUGGUGUAUACAACUGUGUUUUCAUUAUUCAGUGCUGGUUUAAGGAAUGUGGCUUGAGGUGCCAUGUCAUGUGAUGGGGCGCUUAUGACAGUAAAUUGCUGCACAUUGUUACAUUGCAGCAGCACAGCUUGUAAGGGUAUAAAACUAAAUUUA